AUGGAAAGUUUUCUUAAAGCUCAGAGAGGAAGCCAUGUUAAUGGCAUUUCGGAGCUCAAAACCUACCUUCACCGCUUCGGCUACCUCCUACCUGAAAAUGCUAAUUUCUCCGACGCAUUCGACGCCACGUUCGAGUCGGCAAUCCUUCAUUUCCAAUCAAAACUCGGGCUCUCACUUUCCGGUAAGCUCGAUUUCGACACCAUGUCUCAAAUUUCAGCUCCGAGAUGUGGUGUUCCGGACACAAUUAGUACUUUUACGUUGCAUGGGACAAGGCAUUACAUGUAUUUUCCCGGGAAACCCCGGUGGGCUCGGCGCAUGCCCAUGAAACUCACGUACGCUUUCUCGCCGGACUACACCAUCCGAUACCUGAGCUCGUCGGAGAUUAAAGCGGUUUUCAAGCGCGCUUUCGCCCGGUGGGCGUCUGUUAUACCGGUGAGUUUCGUCGAGACGGAAGACUACGUUUACGCCGACAUCAAGAUAGGGUUUUACCAUGGCGAGCAUGGGGAUUCGGAGCCCUUCGAUGGGGUCCUAGGGGUUUUAGCCCACUCAUUUUCGCCCGAGAACGGGAAGGUCCACCUCGAUGCGGCGGAGACGUGGGCGGUAGACUUCCGGUCGGAGAAAUCGGCGGUGGCGAUGGACUUGGAAUCGGUGGCGACACAUGAGAUAGGGCAUUUGCUAGGGUUGGCACAUAGCUCGGUUAAAGAGGCUGUUAUGUACCCAACUUUGAAGCCCAGAGAAAAAAAACUGGAUUUGCAGCUUGAUGACAUAGAAGGAGUUCAAGCUCUUUAUGGAUCAAACCCUAACUUUAAUAUUGGCUCUUUAUCGGAGUCCGAUAUAUCUACAAAUCAGGCCGUCAAUGUUCUCAGAAAAAGUACUAGAUCGUCAAUUUUGGCCAUAGCUUCAACAAUGACUCCCAAAUCAUCUAGUCAUCGAGAGGGCCUUUCCACCUCUACCGUAAGGUCGGAUCCUUCCUCAACCAUCGAGGCUUCAUGGACCACCUCAUCAGGCGCCGACUCCGUCAUAAGGGAUAUCGACGAGUUUAUGGACGAAGUUAGGGCCGAUUCUGACAGCGUCGACCGUAUGGUCAAAGGCGAUGACGAUGAUGACUGUGUGGACAUUACCACAGUGGGAGGACCCGUCUGA